AUGGCAAAGAAGAAAAUGUCCAACUCCCACCAAGAGAAAAUGCAUCAGAAGCAAGAAGAACUCGUCCAGGUCCCGCAAAAAGAUUUGAUAGCCAUGGAAAAUGAAGCCUCGGUGAAGCUCGAGAGCCUCAAGUCUCUGAACCAGAGGCUUCUUAAGGAGGCAAUGGAGCGCCGCCAAGAGGUGGAAUCUCUCAUGCUAUCGAAAGGGUCUCUGGAAUCGGAGCUUACUGGGGCUAACUCGAAGAUGGAGACGUUGCGGAACGAGUUGACUCAGGUGAGAGAUAGGGUUGUGCAUCUGGAACUGGAAAGGAAUGUUGUGUCUGUAUUUGUUGCUUUGCAGUUGGAUCACCACGCUGAGGUGGUUGAGCGGAAAACCAAGGGUUUGGAGAGUAAAAUAAAGGAUUUGUCAAGGGUGAUUGAGGAAAAGGAACGCAGAAUCGUGUCGUUGAACGAGAAAUUGAGUGAGAGUGUAGCAGAAUUGGAAUCUGAGCGAGAGAGUUCGAGAAGGGUUAUUGAAGAGAGGGAUGAAAUGAAGGCUAAACUUGAUGCGCAUAUAGAGGAGUUUAAUGAAUUGAGGACGAAUUUGGUUGAACUUGAGGAAGGAAAAAAAGUGAUCGAGCAAGAGAGAGAGAAAAUACGUGAUGAAUACAAUCGUGUCUUGGAGGAAAAACAGGAGAGGGAGAGGAAAAUCGAAGUGAUAAUGAGCAAUAAAAAUUUGUCAGAGAAGAGUUUAGUUGAGUCGAAUAAGUUGAUCGAGGAAAUGAAGAAAGAAAUUCAGGAGAUUGUCAAGGAAAAACAUAGAAUUGAAAAGGAGAGAACAUUGGAAAUGUUGAAAGGAAGUGAGUUGGAGAGUGUAGUGAGUGGUCUGAAUGAGAAGGUGACGAGUUUGCAAAAGGAGGAGGAAUCGUUGCGUGCAAAUUUAGCUGACUUGGAGAAGAAAUGCUCCGAAGGUGUGGAGAGGGAGAAGGAUAUGGGAAUGGAGAUUGAUGAAUUGAUGAAGGAAAAGAAGCUGAAUGAGAAGAUUUGUGAAGGACUGAUUGAAGAGAAGAAUCUUGUUGAGAAGAAUAUGAAUGAGGCAUUGAAGCAAUUAAACGAGCACAGACGUAAAAUUGACGAAUUGGCCAAUGAGAAGAUUGUGUUGGUGAAUGCUAAAGAUAGACUUACAAGUGAAGUAGUUUCCUUGCAAAAUGAAGUGGUUAAAUUCCAAAGUGUAGUUUUAGGAUUGGAAGUGUCUGGCCGGGAUAAUGUAGAGAAAAUUAAGAACUUAGAAUCUGAGAUAAGUGGUUAUAAAUAUGAGGUUGAGCAGAUGAAAGGUGAGCGGGACGAUUUUAGAAAGUAUUUGGAUGAGGAAAAACAAAUUGCUAUGGGAUUGAAGGAGAAGAUUGAAGAAAUGGAGAAAAGAAUUGAAGAGAGCGAGUUCGCUACUGGGAAAGUGAAGGCUGAGAAUCUCACUAUACUUGGAGAAAAGAAAGAAUUGGAAAGCCAAUGUGAUGUGUUGAAGAAGUCUAUGGCCUCUCUUGAAAAAUCACUUGGCGAGGCGCAAAAUGGACUUGAUGCCAUGCGGGGUAAAGUGGAAUUGGCAGAUGCUAAUACAAGUCUAGUUAUGAAGAUGUUGAGGGACACAGCAGCUUUUUGUUCAAAGGAUGAAAGGGAUGCCGCAGAAGGUGAUUUGCUUGGUGGCAAGCAGAUUAAUGGUGAAGAAAUGAAGACACACGCCGUGGAACUGGAGAAGAUCAAGAAUGCUUUUGUAAGUAAAGAAACUAAAGUCGAAAACAUGAAGAAACAACUAGAAUUCCUGCAGAUUUCGGUAGCUGAAGCGCACAAGAAGAAGAGCUUUUGGACUGUAUUGUCCUCUGUUACCACACUUUUGGCGGCCGUUUCUCUUGCAUUUGUUGCUCACGGGCGUUGA